AUGUAUAUUGGCCUGAAUAAAACCGACUUCGAAACUACGUUAGACGAUCUACAAAAUCCGCUAUUUCAGUACAUUAACCUGCUCGUGGCCGUUGUCGGGGUGGUGUUGUGUUUCAUCGCUUCUGUGUUGACAUUCAGCACGUCGGCCAUCCGCCAGAAGUUUCUGCUGUUCGGUGCCCUGUACGUGACCGAGUGCUCGCACGCACUGGUUCGGGUGUUCUCGAACGUGGUGCGCAUAUACUUCAUAGCGCAUGGCCGUCUUGGCGAGCUGAUCCCCGUUUACCGUUGCGCCCAGUUCGUGUACCCGGUGCUGGUUGCCGAGGCCCUCGUUGCGACCGCGAUGUCCACGGCCUGCAUCGCUUCGAACGUGUUCCUGGCCGUCGCGUGUCCGACCUUCUUCAGAAGAAGAAUGCGUUCCAAAAUGCCGUACUAUGAAAUCAUCUUUGUGUCCGUCGUCGUCGUUUGUUACAUCAUCAUCUUGGUGGUGGUCACCGCCGUCAGCUUCGGCCUACCGUUGCUGAUCGACUCAGUGACUUGCGUUCUGGUCGGCUUGACGAUCUUCAAGUUCAAGCGCCAACGUCGGGUACUACCCCAAAACACUGACAACCGUGUCGACAACCGGCGAAUGAACACCAGGCGAUUCGUCAAUUGGCUGGGCUGUGCCAUGGUGUUCAUCGUGUUCUGCAGCCAGCUGCCGAUCCUGUCGUUCUUCAUCGCCGACAUUUUGGACGUGCAAGUGGAGUUUUACUACCUUCGCCUCAUAAACCUUCUGUUCAGUCUUAAGUCGACCUUUCUGCCGUUCAGCUGCUUGAACUUCCAGGAGUACAGGGUGGAAAUCAAAAAGUGGUGCUAUUCAUUACGCGUCUAUGCCUGUAAAAAGGUAACUAUUUCUGCGUUGCACGCUAACAUUCAAUCAGGCAUGAAUGCGGGCAACAACCCGACGAGAACCGCCACGCUCUCUAAGUAG